AUGGACUUCAUCCUACGGUGCGAGCAAUGCAAUAAGCCUUUCAACAAAAAGUCUACAUUCAAGCGACAUGGGUAUUACUGCCGGUCUCAAAGAGGUGAUAGUACUCCUCGGCGUCGGUCAUGUCUUCUCUGCGCGAAGAGUAAGGCGCGUUGUGAUGCGAAGCAGCCUGAUUGCUCAAGAUGCAUAGCCAAGGGGAUUAAAUGCCAAUAUCCAGCAAAGACAUCCAGGGCUCCAGUGCUAAAGGCUCCGCAUAGCGAUGGCGCCUCUACUGAGCGGCAGAAAGCGACAGACUCAUUGGUGGCAGAUUCCAUUAAUCUCAACGGCGAUGAUAUCAUUCUUGACGAUACUUUGUUCAUGCCACAACUGGGCUUCGCAGACCUGGAAGGAAACUAUCUCCAUUUGGAUGACAUCGCCAUCGGCCCUAAUGAAGACCUUUUGAAUCCUCAAGCCAAUAUCAACAAUUCGCACCUUUCAGCGGCGCAGCCACCUUCAGUUCAUCACUUGUCGCCUCCAACAGAUAGCGGGGCCCAAGAAGCUCAGGACUUGUCAUCGCUCAAGUUUUCCAUACCCUUGGCGCCGGGUGCUGCCCGGUCAAUGAUCCGCCGACAAAGGACACAUACCGCAGCCCAAAGGGUAUCCAAUCUAAUUUCCCACACACUUCAAUCCUAUCCCUUGAUGCUGUUGCGCUCCAGCACUCUUCCGCCUUUUAUCCACCCAAGCAUGAUUGCUUCUAAUGACGAGAAUCUACACCUGGAGUCACUUACCAAUUGCCUCAGUCUGGUUCAAAUGAUCAGCACCGGGAUCCAGACCAGUCGGAAGUUGUUCUGGAAAAACGUACGGAUGGAAUGUGAACGUCUAUCUGAAGAGUAUAUAAAGUUAAACAAAUAUGAACUGCUCACUGCUAUGCAAGCACUCCUUAUCUACGUACUUAUACGACUGGAUGAAGGAGCAACAGAUUACAAUAACUUUGAUAAUUUAUUGCUGAAAGCUGUAACUGUAACAGCUCAGCGGUUCAACGGCUUUGACGAUGCAACAUUUCAUACAGAGUGCGCGCAUUGCAACAAUGGGUUGGAAACUAGUUGGAAAGAAUGGGUUUUUAGAGAAUCAAGACGAAGACUAGGAAUCGUGUAUCGAGUCGUGAAUAUGCUCGUUUAUUUCGAUCCAAUGGCCAUGUGCGAUCUGCCUUCUGACCUCAUUCUAGCGCCACUACCGGCGAAGAAACAGCUAUGGGAAGCAGGCGAUGAGUUUGUGUGGAAGGCCGCGGGGCAGAGAGAGAUGGGAGCCAAAACUGCCUUUGGGUUGGCAACGCAUGGUGGACUUGUCAAGCUGGACGAUCGUGAGCUGUCUUGCAGCGAUGCUUGGUUGCCGUACAAAUGCUUGGAGACUAGGGGCCAGCCGAGAAGCACUGCCAGCUGGGAGGAGUGGUGUUCGGGAAUAGAUGGUUUUGGAGGACUCGUCAUGCUUGCUGCAUCCUUAAUUGCGUGA